AUGACUGAAGCUGUUGAGAAAUUGGUCUUGGAAGCAAUUGAGAAGGAAAAGAACAUGCCCAUCGCUUGGGAACCUACUUUAAUUAAAGAAUUAGGUGAUGUUAAAUUUGUAGAUAUGGCAUGUGGGCUCAAUCAUUCCUUAGUUCUCGACUCUGAUGGAACUCUUUUAAGUGGAGGGAGCAAUGUGUAUGGCCAGUUAGGUAGGGUUAAGCAAGAUUUUGGGUUGCUUCCUGUCGAUAUGAGCUUUAUACCUUUCAACAUAGCAUCAGGACUAGGGCAUUCUCUUGCAAUUUGCAAGGAUACAUCUUCAGAUAGUGUAGACGGAUUAACUGUUGUUAUAUGGGGAUGGAACCAGAGUUAUCAACUUGGGAGGAAAGAUCCUGAGAGUCUUCCUCUGGUGGUUGAGGGGUUAUCGGGUGAGACACCUGUUUCAUUAUCAGGAGGAUGGGUGCAUUCUUUAGCUAUCAUAGCUAAAAACGAGAUCUGGACUUGGGGCUGCGGGAGAAAUUGCAGGCUUGGAUUGGGUAGCUCUGCUGAUGAAGUUGAACCGAUGUUGGUGGAAUGCUUGGAAGGAUCUCAAGGUUUGCUCACUGUUACGGGAUUUGAUCAUAAUCUUGUUCUGAUGCUGAAUGAUGUAACCUUAAAUCCUCUACAUUUCCUUAAUAUAAAGUAA